AUGAAACGGUUCUUGUGUAGCUGCGAAGGGGUUAAAGAUGAAAAAAGGAAGAGAACAAGGUCUUAUGCUAGAUUGGAUACGCGUACUGGGUGUACUGCUUUUGUUCAGUUUUCUAUUGGUAAAGAUGGUGUAUGGACGGUUGUGAAUCAUAAUAUGAUUCAUAAUCAUGUUAUGGUUCCUCUAAAUAAGAGGCAUUUGAUAAGAUCACAAAGGAAGGUUAGUAAGGAGGCUCUUUACUUUAUGUCUACUUUAAAAGCUAGUGGUGUUAAAGUGUCUGAUACCUUGAGGGUUUUGAGGAAAGAAGUAGGCGGAUCACCUAUGGUCGGUUUUACAGCUAGUGAUGCUUAUAAUGCUUUAUCACGUGCAAAAGCUAAUAAACUUGAAGGUCAUGACUGUCAUCAGUUAAUCAAGUAUUUUGCUCAGAGAAAUUCCAGUGAAGAAGAGAGAUUAUGA